CGUGGGCCCGGCCGCCCCGCCCCGUCUGCCGCGCUGACGCCGCCCGACUCCGCAGUCCGGGCCUGGGGCUGGGCGCGUCGCCGGGGAGCCCCGCACCCCACGCCCGGCCCGCGUGGCCGCCCAGGCCAGUUCGAGACAUCCCCCUCCUCCCCUGCAGCCUCCAGAGACGAGUUCCCGCCGCGGGGCCCGCGGGAGCAGAGCCAGCCGCGCCGGGGCGGGCGCGUCCAGGCAACCAGAUGUUUGCCAUCCAGCCAGGGGUAGCUGAGGGGGGCCAGUUCCUGGGGGGCCCGCCUGGAGUAUGUCAGCCUGAGCUCCAACCAGACAGCAACUCCAACUUCAUGGCGAGUGCCAAAGAUGCCAAUGAGAAUUGGCAUGGGAUGCCAGGCCAGGUGGAGCCCAGCCUGAUGAGAGGCUCCUCUGAGUUGCCCUCUGACAACCAGGCCUUCCAGGCCCCUGGACUCCCUGAUGGGGAGGUCCGCAGCCCACCAGAGGGGGCAGAAAUCGCCGGAGCUGAGCUGGAGAAGAUGAGCGGCGCCAGCACAGUCUGCUCCCCUCUGGAGGACAACGGCUAUGCCAGCAGUUCCCUGAGCACCGACAGCCCCAGCAGCAGCCCUGAGCCUGUCUGUGGGACCCCUCGAGGCCCAGGCCCUCCAGAUCCCCUUCUGCCCUCAGUGGCCCAGGCUGUGCAGCAGCUGCAGGCUCAGGAGCGCUACAAAGAGCAGGAAAAGGAGAAGCAUCAUGUGCACUUGGUGAUGUACCGUCGCCUGGCCCUGCUGCAGUGGAUCCGGGGCCUGCAGCACCAGUUGGUUGACCAGCAGACCCGUCUGCAGGAGAGCUUCGACACCAUCCUAGACAACCGAAAGGAGCUUAUCCGUUGUCUCCAACAGAGGGCGGUCCCAUCCAGGCCCCAGGAUCAGGGCUAAGGGUGUGCCUCCACAGGGGUGCAGGGGGUCCAGUUGUUCCCUGGAGAGAGGGCUAGCGUCAUUUAUCUGAGGGUUGUGCUGAUCCACUCUCCUGGGAUUUCCCAGGCCACCUCUCCUAUUCCUUCCCCAUCACUCCUACCAGACUUUGCUCUGCUGAAGCUGUUGUCCCUGAUGGUGGAUUUGCUGUAGGAAGUGUGGUGGCUGCUCUGGCCUGCCAUGGCUUUUUGAGCAAUUGGUAGAGAAUUAGUAUGAGGGAGGGAAGCUGGGGGUGGUGAUUGACGUGUGGCAGGGAUGGGGGAUGGGAUCAGAGAAGAAGAUAAAGAACUGUCCCUCUUGAACUCUGCCCUGGGGCAUAUGGGAGAUGGGGACGGGGUGGGGGGAGAUGAUAAUGGCAGAACCCUGUGAAGAAUAGGAGAGUGGGAAUUCUAAAAUAUCAGUUUGAAACAAACCACCCUUCUCCACAGCAAAGGAGCUGUUGCAGACCAUAUUGAUUUCAGCUUCUGAUGAAAGCGAAUGUGUGCUUAUAAGCUUGCAAGGAAUCGGCAUGGUAUUCCAAGGCUGUUGGGAAAAAAAAAUCUGUUUCCUCUCUGUGCCUCUACUCGCUGUGCCUUUCUGGCUUUAGCAACACUGGACGUCAAAUUAGGUUGGUCUGUUUUUUCUGAAAUCAGGCUGUCUGGGCCCAGAGGAGCCACAUUAACCUUUGGCGGGGGGGGGGGGGGGGGGGGGGGGGGUGGGGGUGGGUGGACAGUGAGUGUCUGUCAGCUCAGCCCAGCCUCUGGAAGCUCUUAGCAUGUUGGGUCAUAACCCCUUCCGUCACUGCAUGGCCCUUUAAAUGGGGGUUGACAGGCUAGAGCAGAGGCUCUGUGAAAAGGAGAGUGGGUGAAUUUUGGGGAGAACCAAGGACUAAGGUAGCCAAGCUCUCUGCUUUGCCUCUGGAGCCAUGAGGAUGCAAGAUCCUGAUGGGUGAGCAGUGGCAUGAUGCUUACUCUCCUUAUCUGCAAAAUGGGGGUGCUCUAUCUGUAAAGAAUUCUAUCCCUGAUGGGUGGGUGGGUGAAAGGUAUAGGGAGUGAAGCUGAAGCAAUGGUCUGGGGGCUUUUGUGUCUAGCCCUUGCAUGUUGACUAUGAACCUGGCCUCUGGACCAAGCCGUGGUGAAUAAACUGGGGCAGAGAAAUGCA